AUGACUAUUGUUAAGCAGCCAUUGUGUGCACAUACCGACCGAGGUCGUCAAUUUGUCGAGGAGAUGACACAUGGUCAUCCAGAUCAAUGUCAUUUUCUUCUCAGAAUGCGUCCUGGAGUAUUUCUUGAGCUAUGUGAUACCAUAGAAAAGAAAUAUAAGAUGAGAUCAUCUCAUAAUGUGACGGUGAAAGAAAGUGUGGCAAUGUUUUUGCACAUUUGUGGUCAUAAUAUCACUCAGCGAAAUGCCAUGAGAACAUUUGGGCAUUCACAAGAGACGAUAUCCAGAAAAUUCCAUGAGGUUCUUGAUGUCAUGGAGAAGAUGGCAAUGGAUAUGUUUAAACCCGAUCAUAUGAGUCUCAUUCAGGUUCAUCCUAAGUUGCGAUCUGACAAGCAUUAUUGGCCGUAUUUCAAAGGAUUUAUUGGUGCAAUGGAUGGGACACAUGUGCCUGUUAUGGUAUCGGGGCGAGAUCAACAGCGAUACUGGAAUAGAAAAAGCGUUUGCAGCAUGAACAUUCUUGCAAUUUGCAACAUGGAUAUGUUAUUCACAUACAUAUAUUUUGGUAUGCCUGGGUCUGCACAUGAUGCAAAAGUACUUGCUUUAGCUAUGCAAGGUGAUCCUAAUUUUCCACAUCCACCUGAAGGUAAGUAUUACCUUGUCGACUCAGGAUAUGCUUUACGGCGUGGGUAUCUAGGACCUUAUAGGCAAACUCGGUACCAUCAAAACCAGUUUCAAAAUCAAGCUCCACCUAGUUUCAUAAAGAAAAAUUUAACCGUCGUCAUUCCUCACUUCGAUGUGUCAUUGAAAGAACAUUUGGAGUCUGGAAACGGAAAUGGAGGAUAA